CCGGGUGACGCGAUAAUGUGUCACUUCCUUUUUCCGGAAACGCGCGGAGCCAUUUGUUCCCCGGCACAGAAAGAAGAGAGAACCAUGGCCAUGCGACAGACUCCCCUGACCUGCUCCGGCCACACUCGCCCUGUGGUGGAUCUCGCCUUCAGUCCCAUCACCCCCUACGGCUACUUCCUCAUCAGCGCCUGCAAGGAUGGGAAGCCAAUGCUACGACAAGGUGAUACAGGAGACUGGAUCGGUACAUUUUUAGGACACAAAGGCGCCGUUUGGGGAGCAACAAUAAACAACGAUGCUACAAAAGCCGCAACAGCAGCUGCAGAUUUUACUGCGAAAGUGUGGGAUGCUGUGACUGGGGACGAGCUCCUAUCUCUGGCUCACAAGCACAUUGUGAAAAGUGUGGAUUUCACAGAGGACAGCAAUAAUCUUCUGACUGGGGGGCAAGAUAAAGUGUUGCGCAUUUAUGACUUGAACAAACCGGAGGCUGAGCCGUGGGAGAUCAGCGGUCACACUUCUGCCAUCAAGAAGGCUCUGUGGUACAAUAACAACACUCAGAUCCUUUCUGCCUCUGAUGAUAGAACUGUACGUCUCUGGGACCGUGUGAGCAUGACUGAGGUGAAGACUCUGCAAUUUGGGGUGUCUGUGAGCAGCAUGGAGUAUAUUCCAGAAGGGGAGGCCCUGCUAAUCACCUAUGGGAGAACUAUAGCACUCUAUGACUCCUCAAGUCUUGAAUUGAUCAAGUCUUUUGAAGCUCCGGCCUCCAUCAACUCUGCAUCUCUGCACCCAGACAAGGAAUGCAUUGUGGCAGGAGGGGACGAUUUUAAACUCUAUAAAUAUGACUUCACAACUGGAGAAGAACUUGAAUCGUACAAGGGGCACUUUGGGCCAAUUCACUGUGUGCGUUUCAGCCCUGAUGGUGAGUUGUAUGCCAGUGGCUCUGAGGAUGGCACAUUAAGGCUUUGGCAGACGGCUGUUGGGAAGACGUAUGGCCUGUGGAAGUGUGUUCUUCCAGAGGAGCUGGUGUCGGAGAAUUCGGAUGUGCUGUACAACACCAGCCCUGAGAUCAAGGCUUGAAUCCUUGGGUCUUGUACUGAAUUGUGAAGAGCAGGCGUUUAGAUGAAGCAAAUGUCAAGAAAAGGACGACUCCAGAGAUUGCCUCUACAUGGGGCAAGAAAGGGCAGUUUCUUUUGAGAUUCUGAGCUGGAGCAGACUGGCUGUAAUCUGUGAUGGAACAUUAUCUGAGGCUGAAGGAGAACAGAAUUUCUUUUGAGGUUUUUGCACAAUCCUCUUACUGCAUCAUGUGUGUGUGUCUCAGCCCUUCUCUCCCCUCCCUCACUUACCCAAGGGAAACCCUUCUCUCUCUCUUGUACCAAUCAUUUGGGGAGGGAGCAGGUUUCCUUUUUUUUUUUUUUUUUUUUAAAUUUUUUUGUUUCAAGAACCGGGAGUUUGUAUGUUUCUGUUGGUCUUGUAGGUCUGUGUCUGACGUUACAAGUCGCUUCUCUGCAGUGCACACUGUAUUUUCAGUUAUAUGAAUAAAGUCUGUGUACAUUCA